AUUUGAGAUUACAAAUAUUAGAAAUGUUGACUGUAGAGAAGCAAGUCAAAUGAUUCCUUUAUGUAAUCUAUCUUAUUCUUCUUAUCAUUGCUUGCAUUGUGGGAAUGAUACUGGUGAUCAAAUCCUUUGGAGAGACCAGAGAGACGAGGCUUGAAGUUUACGAAGACGACAUUGAGCAUUGGAACCUGACUAAAAGGGAUGAGUUCUUGAAUAAUCAAUUCUUGAUUCAGUAUGAAGACAAUGGCAGCUUGGUCGAUUCAGAAGGAAAUCUAGCACAAAUAACAGAAGAAAGUGUUGAGCAUCAAUUAAUGGAGGAUAAGCAUGGGCCUUUACCUGAAUAUCUUCCUCUUUAUUACUCCAAAAAAGAAAGUUCUAGUUGGUUCGGAAUCAAAAAUGCUUUUUCAAAAUUCAACAGUUCAGAGAUGUUGAAAUUUAACAUCACAGUUGAGGAGAGUCCUGAGAACCAGAGUAUCUCUGUCCCUGAAUUACCACUGUACAAAAUAACAAAGAUUAAGAUGGCUGUUGCUUCCGGUUGUCAUAGAACUCAUGGGCAUUAUGAAGAAACUGGCAAGACAUGCUACAUCUACAGCAUUCUUACCCACGCUUGUGUUCAGAUUGAUAAGGAUGCUGGAGGAAAAUGGCAUUUGAAUACUAACAAAAGAACCAAGGCUUUCGGGUGCUAUUCACAGUAUCAUAAUGCCACUAGUUACACAGUUGUCCCACUAGAGCCGGGACAGCGUAUCGAAGAUAAGUUCCCUUAUACUCUGGGAGAUAUCACAUGGGAAAUUAGAAGUGCUUACGAUCCACUUUUGUUAGCAGAAGUACUAACAGAGGACACAAAUAAUUUUGGACUUAGCUCAACCGAGCUUAGGUUCCUUGGUAUCGGUCUUCUCUUUUGAUGAGGAGGACUUACGAUUCAGCCAACUUGCUGGAUUUAUAAUCUGUGCAAACAAGGAAGAGAUAUUUACAAUGCUAGAGCUAAAAGAUCAAUGAAUUACAGAGAAGAUUACUACAUUGAUGAAUAUGAUCCUGGAAGAUCAAACCACGGACUCCAGAGAGGGAAUCCUCCAAUUCAAAAUUCAAUCGAACCAAGUGGUGACCAAGGAAUAGGCCUCCAGAACGUGAUGGACGAGAUUGAAUUAGAAAAAGGCAAAGCUGAAAAAACAUUCAAUAGGUCGAAAAUGAACCAUUUCCCUAAAAGAGUCAAAAAGAAGGGAGAUUAUGAGUCAUAUUACGAAUAAUAAGCCAAUUCUAUAAACC